AGUCACUUUUAAGAAUUUUCGAAGUAAACGUUUACAGUUUUUAAGAAUUAUUUUAAAAUUAAAAGAAAUGUAUUUAAGAAAGAAAGUCCAAAAUAAAUAUGUGGUUAAAUAAUUUAAACGAACUGUGUAUUUAUAGAAGUCGUUAUGUAAAUAUCUUAACACGUAAUACCACCGAGAAUUUAAGCGAAUUGUACGAAGUUAAUGAAACAAAAUUUGCAUUAAAUCACACAGAUUGUCAAAUAUUUUUAAAGAAGAAAUCUCACGAUAUAGAAGUGCUAAAGGUGCAGGGUGAUAUGAAAGAUGACAACUUGCAGGCGGAGUAUUUUAAGUUUAAAGUGAAACCUUUUAGAAAUUUAAGUAAAUUAAUCUUCUAUCAAAUGGUGGUGACAAAUGAAAAUCUGCUGGUGUUAAGCAAAAAUUGUUUGCAAUUGAACAGUUUACAUUUGUUGAAAUGUUUCUGUGAACAUUUUGAAACUCUGGCGCCGGGUAUUAAUAUAAAUAUCGACAGUAUUUGUAAAAUAAAACAAUUGCAGGAAUUAAAAUUUGAGCCCGAGACAAAGCCGGGUACCAUAAAGCCACUGAAAGUGCAACAUGUGAAAUAUCUUUUAAAUAAUGUUGUGAAUUUGACCAGUUUAAGUUUUAAAAAUUUCACCAUAGUUUGUGAGGAGGAGGAUAAAACCACCAGGACCUAUAUACCCGAUAUUGUUUGGCAGUUACAGGUUUUAAAUAUUGGCAUUUUAAACUAUGAUUUUUGGUGCACUUUUACCGGUUAUCUGAAAUGCUGCCCGCAAUUGCGCAAACUCAUCAUACACGUCAAUGAUAGUAAUUUGUUGUUAAAUGUCAAACUAAUCGAUAUUUUGAGCAGAUGUUGUAGAUAUUUAGAAACUUUAUGUUUGGAAGGUUGUCAACUAGAUAUCAAGGAUUUCUUGCCUUUACAGGGUUUACAAGAAAUAUCGCUGAUUUCUUGUAGUGGCUUGACCUUUGAAAAUUUACAACAAUUUUUGGGUGGCCUCAAGCUAAAAAAGUUUAAAUUGAUCAAUUCGCCUGUCAACAAAACUUACAAUUAUAUUUAUAUAGCACCCUCUUUGGAAUCGAUAACCAUAGAUACCCCACAGUUUACAGCAAUAUCUGAAAUAUUUCAAAAUUCUCUAAACCACUUUAACGCACUACACACCCUGAACUGGCUUAAUGGUGAUAUAACUCAUAAUUGGAUACGUGAUAAAUGUCCUCAAUUAAAACAGUUACAACUAACAAAUCCCUAUAUUUUACCACGUAUUGUCUUAUCUAUGGCUAACCUAAAAGAAUUAACAUUUACUACUGGUCAUGGUCUGAACUGGACUCUUUUGAAAAUGCUUAUUCGUGAUAUGUCUUUGAAACGUUUAAAUAUUGCUGUUAAUGAUGUAUUGAUCGAUAAUAAUAGAAUUUCCCAAAAAUGUUUUAGAGUUGCGACGACUUUGGAGUUUAUAAAGUUGCCCUUUGGAAUAUUUGUAAUGGGUUUAACACAUUGGUUAGAUGUAUUAGAUGUUAAUGAGCAAUUGGGUUUUCUUGUUUAUGGCACCGCUGGAGAUAUAUUAAAUUUUAGACUACUAUGUAUAUUGCUGUCAGCGGAUUGUUUGCGUAACCGGUCAAAUCGUAUAAAAAUUUGCGGUUUUAAAAUGGAACUUAAAGACUUUGAACAAAAAACAAUUUUUAGGGAAAUUGUUCGAUUGCAUAUCAAUACCAAUCAUUAUAGAACCAGGAAAAUGCCGUUUACUUUGGAAUUCUAAAUAUAUAUUACUUUGGUGAAAUAAAUAAAGAAUUAAUAAAAGUUCUAAUAUAUUUC